AUGAGCUGGAUGUGGGUGUCGAAGACACUCGCAGCCCUGCUGCUGGCAUGUUCGCCGUGUGCAGUCGGAGGAACCUGUCCACUAUCAGGUUCUCGUGCAUCUCCAGCAAACAUCUUGCCACCAAAUGCAGAGCCAGAAAGUGGUUCGGUGCUGAUGUUGUACAAGGGCUGGAACGUCAGCAACCUCUCCAUCGAGCGCAUCGAGGAGACAGAGGAGGCUUCCGGGUACCUGAGUCUGGUCUUUGACGGGCCGGAGGGCGGCGGUUCAUUGCAGGCUGGCGAGAGCUUUUCAGAUAUGGACGAAUACGUGCUGCGUCGGAUUCGCAUCUCCAUGCCCAGCGAGCACACGUUGCUGAACCGACGUUUGCCUUUAGAGGUGCAGCUCUGGCACGAGCCAGCAGUUCAUCGGGACAUCAGCCGGCUCAUCACAGCUCGAGCGAAGGUGCAGCAGAUGUUGCGAAGGUUCCACGGCCUCAUACGUGACUGGCAGUUUCAACUCAAGCGGCAAGAGGAUCCAUCUGCAACGAAUGCUUCCUUUCCGAACUUGCAGACCGAAAGAGACUGGGCCGAAGCUGUGCGACGUGACAGCAUUCAGGAUGGGGAGGCGCUAAUGGAGCAUGCUAGCCAGCUGCGGCGUCAGAUCGCUAAGAUUGAUGAAGAGGUCGAGGUGCUGAACGAAAGGCUGCAACGGCCACAAUCGGCGCGCAUGGUCGCACUCUCGCUUCUGUAUGCCGCGCCGCAUGAUGCAGUGUUUGCUGCUUCGGGCCACUUCCUACGUUGGCUGACCUUGGCCAUCAAGCGCAACGAGGAACGACCACAGCCAGCAAAGCGAAACAAGGCAGCAUUGCAAGCUGAAGUUCAGCAGCUCCAACAGCGCCUUCACCAAAUGCAAGCGGAAAAGAAGGACGAAUUGGAUGGCCGAGGGGCGGAGCGACAACUGCAGACCAGUCAUGAUGAUCAAACUCUCCAGGAUCAACAUCUCGAGGUCUUUCACUUCGAGGAGUUCCGUACGUUUGGCAAGGACUCAGUCAGAGCCCUUCCGUUGACAGCUUUGGCAUACGAUGGCAGCUUCACCAGGCCGCCCUGCACUCCAGUUGUGCGCUGGUACCUUGUGAGCGAGCCACAAGCAGCUUCAGCCAAGGAUAUGUUGGGCUUGGCUGAAGUUGUGUUGGGCGAAGCCCACCGCGGCCCGGCUUGCCAACGAGUCCAAGGCUUGGAGGUUUGCCACGAGGGCAUCAGUGCAUCUGAUGGAGUGUGGUGGAGCGGCCCGAUCAAGGAAGUCCCGGAGUCUGGAACAAGAUUCCCUGACCAACUCAUGCACACAGUCUCGCUGGGGUUUGGCUCUUUCCACAAGCCCAAAGAGACACACCUCAGCUCGCAGCUGGUUUCACGUCUCCCAUGGCUUUAUGUUCAAGCUUGCUGCGCUGUCCUCCUGCUGUGCUCCAUCGCCAUGCUGGGAGCGACAUGCUCCAUGUGGUCGCACCAAUGUUGUGAUCUCUGA